AUGUCAAUACUCAAGAAGGUGUCUGCAAAGGAAUCCAGAUGCCAUAGAAGCGACAACGCCACAGGUUACUAUCGUAAAGUUGACUGCUGCAGGAAGUUUCGGAUACAACGUUCGUUGUACUUGAAAAUGUGAGAUGAAGAUGAAAAAUUGCGUAACGAAUCUGUAUGAGAAUUCGUUACUCAGCCUGAAUAUGAUAGAGAACACCACCGCGACGUUGCCAUAAUAGCCGAUAAUUGUCCCUUUAGUUACAGCCGCUAUUCGUUCCAAGCGAUGAGAAUGAAAAACCACUUCACAGAGUACGAUUAAUCCAAUAUAUGUACUCAUCUCAAUGCUGCUUUGUAGAAGGCUUUUGUAGAAUAUCCAUUCCAAGUCGUAGAUGUUAUAUACCCCAGUUCGACCCGAAAUCCACUUAUCAUAUGCAUCACAGAAUAG